ACAGCUCAGCCUUGUGGAGCCAUUUAAUGAGAUGCCAUAGAGCGCAUGGCGAAUUCCUUUGUUCUGUUGAAGCCUCAACCACCACUCCCGCUGAUCCAACGAUAAUGGCGCUGCCAGCAUUCCCCGCAUUUGAGGUGAAUCUCGACUCAAAUAUUGGCCCCAGAUGGGAAAAAUGGCUGACACGCUUUGAGAGACUGAUGACUGCCAUGGCUAUUACCGAUGUCACCCGGAAACGCGCAAUGUUGCUACAUUAUGCAGGAACGGAUGUCGACGAGAUAUUCGACACAUUGACAAUCGAGGAGGCUACGGGCGAUGCCACUGAAUACAGUGUCGCCACAGCCGCCCUCAAUGCGUACUUCACGCCGAAGGCUAACACAGCUUUUGAAGUAUACAACUUCCGCCAGGCAACGCAGAAAGGUGGCGAAAACAUGGAUGCGUUCGCGACACGCCUUCGUCAACUUGCUAAGUCGUGUGGUUUUGCCGACGACAAGAUUGAAAUCGCCAACCAAAUCAUUUUUUCGUGCAAGUCCCAGAGUCUCCGCCGCAGAGCACUAAGAGACAAUCUGAACCUUGACGAUCUAAUAAAACUGGCACGCUCACUAGAGAUCAGUGAAACGCAAGCUAAAACCGUGGAGGCCAGCAAUUCAGACACGGUAAAUUUUAUGAAGGACCAGCAUCAAUCUCGUGACAAGCGGCAACAAUCACGCUCCAACUCGCAGUCCUAUCGACGCUCGCAGUCCAGCCACCACGCCAAUGGGAGGUCCCAAUCACGCCGACGCCCCGACAAUGGUAGCAGACGACGCAACAACACCGGCAAGUGUUACUAUUGUGGCUACAACCUGCCCCACCUGAACUGCCCUGCUAGGGGAAAGACAUGUGCAAAAUGCGGAAAACGCGAUCAUUUUGCUCAGGUUUGCAAAUCGAGUAGCUCCAAUAUGGACAACCCGUCGCACCACCAAGCAAAUGUUGUCAGCAAUGUGAGCAACUACGAAGAAUCCGAUGAUGAGAGAGAAUACAUUUGGACCGCUACAACACGAAACUCGUCCAGACGCCUGCCAUCUUGCUCAGUUAAGAUUGGCCGCACAGCAAUUCCAGUCCAAAUGACCAUCGAUUCAGGCGCAUCCGUCAAUAUCCUCGAUCAAGCCACUUAUGACGGAUUUCCUGAACGCCCACCACUCGAGUCACCAUCAUCGCGAAUCUACUCGUAUGGUUCCAGCAAGCCUUUGCCAGUCCUCGGUGUGGUCCAUCAAGCCGUAAGUUACGACUCUAAGACGCUUGACACAAAACUACACGUUGUCAAGGGCUCCGGAGGUAACCUACUAGGAUGCCGUGCAGCUCAAGACCUUGGGAUCCUACUGCUCGCUAACGCAGUCCAAGAAAAUCCUAAGUCGUCUACUGUACCAUCCCACCCCACUGCCAGGAAGUUCCCACAGCUUUUUGAUGGCAUCGGCAAAAUCAAGGACAAGAUGGUGAGAUUACACAUCGACGAAGAUGUCCGCCCGAAGCAGCAUGUAACUGCAGUCAACGACUACAGCCGGGUGCAGUGA